GAAUUCAAUGACAGAUAGAAACACUAAAAAGCGGUAAAAAUUUAUAAAUUAAUAAAAUUAAGUUAAUUAAAAUAUAUAAAAAUGACUGAAUCGGUUGCUGGAUCAACAGCAACUGCAGCCGAAGAAGAUGCAGAUUAUGGAUCAUUAAAUUCUAUUUCAAAGCUAGAAGGCAAUGGAAUUACUGCAGGGGAUAUUAAAAAAUUGGAAGAAGCUGGCUAUCAUACCGUUGAAUCAAUUGCAAUGGCACCAAAAAAGUUUUUAAUUACAAUCAAAGGAAUAUCAGAAGCAAAAGCUGAUAAAAUAAUUGCAGAAGCUGGUAAAUUAGUUCCAUCAUUUUUUGGUUUUACAACCGCUACAGAAUUACAUCAAAAACGUUCAGAAUUAAUUCAAUUAACAACUGGAUCAAAAGAGUUGGAUCGAUUAUUAGGUGGCGGAAUUGAAACUGGAUCAAUUACAGAAGUAUUUGGUGAAUUUCGUACUGGUAAAACUCAAUUGUGCCAUACAUUAGCUGUUACAUGUCAGUUAUCAAUAGAUCAAAAUGGGGGAGAAGGAAAAUGUAUAUAUAUAGACACAGAAGGAACAUUUCGACCUGAACGUCUUUUAGCUGUUGCUGAACGUUACAAAUUAAAUGGUAAUGCUGUGUUAGACAAUGUGGCGUGUGCUCGAGCCUAUAAUACAGAUCAACAAACUCAAUUAUUAAUCAAAGCAGCUGCAUUAAUGGCUGAAUCAAGAUAUGCCUUAUUAAUAGUUGAUAGUGCUACAGCUCUGUAUCGUGCUGAUUACUCUGGUCGGGGUGAAUUGAGUGCUCGACAAACACAUUUAUCUAGAUUUUUAAGAAUGCUGUUACGUUUAGCUGAUGAGUAUGGCGUUGCUGUAUUGAUAACGAAUCAAGUAGUUGCACAAGUAGAUGGCGCUGCAAGUGUUUUUGCUGCUGAUCCAAAAAAACCAAUUGGUGGACAUAUUUUAGCACAUGCCUCAACGACACGAUUAUAUUUACGCAAAGGACGUGGUGAAACACGUAUUUGUAAAAUAUAUGAUUCACCGUGUCUAGCCGAAACAGAAGCAAUGUUUGCUAUCUCUAAUGAAGGAAUCAAUGAUGCUAAAGAAUAAAUUAAAUUAUAUUUUGAUUAUAGUUGCGUUUUUUACUCACAUCAAAACGAAUAAUUAAUCAUUUCUUCUGGAAGGAAACGCAUAUCUGCAUAUUAAUGAAAAUGAUGUGAUACAA